AAAAAAAAGAUGCAGCUGGAACUUUUCAUCCAAAACGACGCAAACCCGAAUGACACAAACCCGAUUGACACAAACCCGAAUUCCAUAUUAUGUAACGCACUGGAUGGCUGAUUAUGUAACGCACUGGAUGAAGUCGGUGAACUCGGAAGACUACAAAAACUUUCCUUGCAUGGCUUAUUAUGUAACGCACUGGAUGAAGUCAAGAGGCCAACAGACUGUGCGCACUCAAAGAUUUCUGUUUUUAUUACAGAAGAGGAGAAGACGACUGAUAUGCAAAUGACGUGCAAAAGCCAGCAAUACAGCACUCUCCAUGUCAAAUUAAUUAAACUAUAGCGGUUAAUAAUUGGUAAUUUCUAUUAAGUUCUACAUUCCGAAGUUGUUGUUGUUGUCAUUGUUGGCAUGUUGCAUGACCAACAUUGUUGUCCCAGUGGUGUGCACUGGUUACCUCCCACUAACACGGACUGUUUCACUUAACGAUUACCUUAAGAUGGACACGUUGAGAGCUCGUGACAGAGCUCGCCACUCAAGAAUAUUGGGUGCUGUUGGAAUCGGCAACUUCCCAGUCCAUGGCUCCGCUGAUCCAAACUCCUACGGACUGUACACUACAAAAAUAAUGUUGGGAUCUCCACAAAAGGAAUUUACCGUUAUGAUUGAUACCGGAAGUGACCUUUUGUGGGUUAACUGCAAUACAUGUGAUAAUUGUCCUCAAUCUAGUGGACUUGGGGUUAAGCUCAAUUUCUUUGACAUGAGUAGUUCAUCCACAGCUGCCCUGGUUCAUUGCUCGAACCCUGUAUGUCCUUCUAGGAUUCAAGGUGCGGAUGUUCAAUGCUUUCCUCAUGCUAACCAGUGCAGCUACAGCAACAAGUUCCAGGAUGGGAGUGGUACCUCGGGUGAUUAUGUCACUGAUAAAAUUUAUUUUGACACAAUCCCUGAGAAGUCUUCUCUCGCUAGUGGUAACUCAUCAGCCACUAUUUUAUUUGGGUGUAGCACCCAUCAAUCUGGAGCUUUGACCGAGCCAGUAAAAGCAUUUGAUGGAAUCCUUGGGCUUGGCCCCGGCUCCCUAUCUAUUGUAUCACAAUUGUCACCACAAGGAAUAGUAUCGAAAGCUUUCUCUCAUUGCUUGAAAGGAGACCGCAAUGGAGGAGGCAUUCUUGUUCUUGGUGAGAUUGUGGAGCCAAGUAUUGCUUAUAGUCCACUUGUCCCAUCGCAACCUAAUUACAACUUGAAUCUUGAGAGCAUUGCUGUCAACGGACAACUGCUCUCAAUCAAUCCAGUUGUAUUUGCAGCAUCAAAGUUGGGUGACCAAGGAACAAUUGUUGACAGCGGUACAACAUUGGCGUAUCUUGUUGAAGAAGCAUAUGAUCCUCUUAUCAAUGCCAUUACUACUGCAGUGUCACAGUUUGUCACUCCCACAUUUCCAGAAGGAAGCCCAUGCUAUCUGGUCUCAACCAGUUUAGAUAUUUUUCCUUCAAUCAGUUUUAACUUUGUGGGUGGAGCAUCCAUGGAUUUAAAACCACAACAAUACCUCGUGCACUAUGAUUUAAUGAACAAUGCAGCGUGGUGCAUAGGUUUCCAGAAAAUGGAAGGUGGAUACUCAAUAUUAGGAGAUCUUGUCUUGAAAGAUAAGAUAGUUGUUUACGACUUAGUUAAUCAGCGCAUAGGAUGGACUAAUUAUAAUUGUUCUAUGCCCGUAAACGUCUCUGUGAUCUUGAACAAGGAUAAGUACAACAAUCCAAGAGCAAGACGGUCAAGUGCCAGCAACUCAGAGAUAGGGAUUUUCUCCAUGUUGUUACAAGUAACAAUUGUGGCAAUGCACAUAGUAUAAUCUGUAUAGUCACCACAUUUGUAACUGUAAUUGUAAACAUGAAUACUCUGAAGCAGUUUUUGAUUAUUAUGCAAGCAUAUCAAAUUAUAGUGGAAUCUGUAGUAUGAUGUAUAUAUGCUAGUCUUGUGAUUGAACAUUGAUGAGAAUGAAGACAACUAAAAACCAAUAAAAAAACCUCACUCCAAUACACAGGAUCUUAAUGA